CAACGUGCAAUUAAUUCGAGAGUGGUGUAUUUAGCUUAGUUUACUACAAAUGUACGUGAUUUGUAGGUUAUCAAACGUUUUGUAUAUUCGUCCUUACUUAUAUUUUGUAAAAUCGUUGUUUAUUUGAAGUAAAACUAUUAUAGAAAAUGGUUGUUUUUACUUGCAACAAUUGUGGUGAAACGCUACAAAAGCCAAAAGUUGCGAAGCAUUAUGAAUUUCAAUGUCGUUCCGCACCCUUUUUAACAUGUGUCGAUUGUUUCAAAGAUUUUCGAGGUGAGGAAUAUGUAGUCCAUACGAAAUGUAAAAGCGAAGCUGAAAGAUAUGGAGGCAAGGAUUAUGUUCCAAAAGCUGGUGCAAAUAAGGGUGAAAGAAAGCAACAAGCAUGGAUUAAUGUAGUAAAUAGUCUAUUAGAUAGUGAAACAAAUUUAUCAACGGCAGAACGAAACUUUUUAAAUAGCUUGUCCAAAUAUGAAAACAUUCCACGCAAAAAAAAUAAAUUUUUAAAUUUCAUAAAAAGUGCAGUGGGUAAUAGAGUAAAUCAAUCAGUAGUUAAUUCUGUGUGGGAUAAAAUGGAAACAGCUUUUAAGAAUAGUACACAAAAUGAAAAACAACAACAGGAAAAUGGUAAAACAAGCGAAAAAGUAAUUCAUGGGAAAGAUGGAAAUACACAUCAAGAAAAUAAUAUAGUUGAAAAUCAGAAUAAUGAAAAUUUAGACAGAGAAAAUCAAACUGAAGAUCAUUUGAAUAAAAAUAAAGUGAAUGGCGUGGGAAAUGCUGACGUUGAUACUGUUAAUAAUGUUAAGAAAAAGAAAUCGAAAAAGAGAAAAAUAUCAGAAAUAGUACAGCAAGCGGAUGAACUUAUUGUCAAGAAAAAAAGUAAACAUGCUGUAGAGGCUACAGAAGAACCAGUUUCUAAGAAGAAAAAUGAAGAUAUUGUUACGGAUGUUCCUACAAAAAAAAGUGAAGAUGCUUUACUUUCUGAAACAUCAAUCAAUCACUGUGAUGAUACUGUAGAAAAAUCAACCUUCAACUGGAGAGAUACCAUCUUAGAUAUAGUAAAAAGUAAAGGAGAAAUUUCCUUAAAAAAAUUACAAAAAAAGGUACUUUCACGGUAUAUGAACUCAUGUUCAAAUAAUAUAUUGGAAGAAAAAGCAUCUAAUAAAUUCAAUAAAAAAUUGAAAAAGAUAUCAGAAAUAACCAUUUCUGAUGAGAAAGUAACUUUAGCUUAAAUUGAUUGAUGUGUGUACUCGUACACUUUUUUUCAAAGGAAAUACAAUAUCAUCAGUAACUUAUAACAUUAACAUACAGUCAUUUAUAACAUUAACAUAUAACAUUAUUGCAAUGAAAAAAAUAAAUUACUUUCACACAAAACAAAGACUAUAAAAAAAUACUGUUAUGAUCUUUGUCCAUUUUAUGAAUCAAUGUAUACAACUUAUUUUUAAGUGCGUUCAAUUCUUCAUCCUUCUUUCUUUCAAAUUCUAAGCUAGCUUUUAAUUCUUUUACUGUAAAUUUUAUUAAAAAUUCGUGUUAUGACAA